UACCUCGCGUGGCCAACGGCUCUCUCCACCGAAGGCUCCCUCAUUGAAUCACCGUACUCAGCCUGUUCAGUGCGAUUUAGGGAAAUAAUUUGGAGCAAACCAGGUCGGGGCCGCUCAUUAAACACCUGUUAUCCUCCACGGACUUCCCCGCCUUUCUGUUUAUCUGUCUGCGGCGGUGAGGCGUGCGUUCCUGGGCUCGCUGGCUGGGUUUGGUAGGGGAGGCAGGGGGAAGUACGGAGCUGGUCCCGAGCGAUGAUGGAGCUGGAGUCGGCCAGUAAUAGAGGCGAACUGGGAGCUGUAGGGGACUCGUUGCAGCCACAGACGCCCAGCAGGCACGAAAAGAGCUUGGGUCUGCUUACGACCAAGUUUGUGACUUUACUACAGGAGGCGAAGGACGGAGUGCUGGAUCUGAAAGCGGCGGCAGACACCUUGGCAGUGCGGCAGAAACGACGUAUCUACGACAUCACUAAUGUGUUGGAGGGAAUUGGACUAAUAGAGAAGAAGUCCAAGAACAGUAUCCAAUGGAAGGGUGUGGGUCCAGGCUGUAACACCAGAGAGAUAGCCGAUAAGCUGAUUGAUUUGAAGGCAGAGCUAGAUGACCUGGCUCUCAGAGAGCACGAGCUGGACCAGCAGAGAGUCUGGGUCCAACAGAGCAUCAAGAAUGUCACAGACGACUCGAACAACAGCCCUAUGGCAUACAUAAAACAUGAAGACCUCUGUGGAGCUUUCAAAGGUGACACACUCCUAGCCAUCCGUGCUCCCAUUGGCACACAACUAGAGGUCCCCAUACCAGAAGCUGUAAGUUAUGUCCUCAACGGACAGAGGAAAUACCAGAUCCGUCUCAAGAGUUCAUCUGGUCCCAUCGAGGUUUUGCUGGUCAAUAAGGACCCAUCCAGUGCCUCUCCUGUUGUUUUGCCUGUCCCUCCUCCAGAUGACAUCCUUCAAAAUCUCCCAGUGCCGACACCUACCUCUCAGCCGCCCACUGCUGCCUCCCAGGUCCCCAAAGCAGCUCUAGCAACUUCUACAAAACCUGGUUCUGUCACAACGUCAGCUUCAGCAGCUAACCAGACAGCCUCAGUGACAGAAAUGACAAGCACCACGCCACUCACCCCAACAACAGAUACACCUACAGCAGUCACUCAGCAACUACAGUCUUCUGCCUCGUUGGAUGGAUCAGCGUCUUCCUCUGCCUCUGCAGUAUUUGAACCAAUUAAGUCGGAUCCCUCUGACUUGCUGGACUUUCCCAAAGAACUCUCUGACAUGUUUGAUCCAACAAAAGAGAUCAUGAGCGGAGACCUGUUAGAGGACUUGAUGUCAUCAGAAGUGUUCUCGCCUCUCCUCCGUCUGUCCCCUCCACCCAGCGACCACGACUACAUAUACAACCUGGAUGAGACAGAAGGCCUGUGUGACCUCUUUGACGUCCCCAUUCUCAACCUCUGACCCCUGAAAUUGUCGUCACUGUGGGAUACACUUUCCCAAACACGCUAAUCUACCUUAAUUUUCUCCCAAGUCCCCCCCCUCCCCCCACUUGACAGUGAAGGUGAGAAGAGGUGCAAGAAAGCCAAACAUGAUCUGGUGAGCGUUAAAGGACACCUCUGCACUGAGUUCAAGCUGAGCUCAGUCAGACAGUAGCUCGAUGUACAGCCUUGUGAAGAAAUACAGGCGAGAGCAAAACA